GCUUGUUCAAGUAAAAUAAGAAAUUAAUCCCCCUCACUCACUGGUUAGUAUUCAAGUACACUCAAAAUAAGUGUAGGAAUUGUCAUUUAUAUAUUCCCGCAAAGUUAAUAAUGGGUGCCAACAAUUCGAGAAUUAAUAAUGACUUCGAGGUUAGUAAACUCCUUGGUCAGGGUGCAUUUGGAUUGGUUCUUUCCGCAAAACACAAAUUGGAUGGACUUGAUUACGCCAUAAAAUUGAUAAAGCUACCAAUCAAUACUGAAGAGGCUGAUCGAAUAAAACGAGAAGCAAUUAAUUUUGCACAAAUUCCAUCCCAUAAAAAUGUAGUGUGUUACAAGUACAGUUGGAUCGACUUGCUGCGUAAAAGGGAGCUUGAAGAAAUACAAAAAUGUCAUCCAAAUUUUGGAUUCUUAAAUGUAGCGGCUCCAAUUAAUAUUCUUUGCAUACAAAUGGAGCUGUGUUCCGAAAACUUGAGAAGCUACAUCAAUAAAGGGUUAACGGAUAGGUCUAUUCUAAGACAGAUAAAAUCGCUUAGCUAUUUCAAACAGAUUUGCAAAGGAAUAGGACAUAUCCACAAACAAAAAAUUUUUCACCGUGACAUCAAGCCGGAAAAUAUUUUUAUCAGCUUGAAAGAUAAAGGAACAAUAAAAAUAGGGGAUCUCGGCUUAUCAAAGCGCUACUCAGCUGUCGAUCUGAAAAAUACUGCCUGUGGAACAGUCGCUUACAUGGCGCCGGAACAGAUGACUGGCGUCUACGGGGAAGAAGUCGAUAUUUAUCCACUGGGAAUCAUACUUGUCGAAUUAUUAUGUCCCAUACCAGAACACAGAUAUGUGGAGACGAUUUACCAUAUCCGAAUAGAAAAAAAGUUCCCAAUCCGGUUUGAACAGAAUAUCGAAGCCAAAGAACUAUGCUGUUCGUUGCUGGCUAAUAGUCCCGUGGAUCGACCAAAUCUUAAAAAAGUUGUGGAAAUAAUAAAAAUGAUGAUCACAAUUUCCCUUCUCAUUCUAGCGAGCAAUUGCAUGGCCCCCAUUUUGGCGUUGGUUGUGAUGGGUGCGAUAAAGAUUUCAUAACUGGGGAGCGAUGGAAAUGUAAGGCCUGUCCAAAUUUCAACUACUGCCGCGAAUGCUAUGAUACCCGUGUAAACAGUCACGAUAAACAGCAUGAUUUUGUUGAAGUUCGCAACUGUGAAAAGUGCUGUGAAGCAUUAAAUAUUCCUGGUAGAGAAGUUUCACACUAUUUCAAAUGUGUGGACUGCCAGGACCCAAAAGGAAAGUAUAGAUGUGCAAGCUGUUUUAUUGAGUCUAUUAUCCACGCUGGAAUCCACACCUUUGCAAAAAUUAAAGUUGAUGAAAAUGGAGAAGAGAUGAUGGUGGAGGCUGAUAGCGGUAUUGCGUCAGGUGGUGAUCAGUUGGAUGAUGGCGUAGCUGAUUUGUUUCUGCGGGCUUUGAUUUUACUUGCGGAAAAUAUGAAGGAGGACAACAAUUCAGAUAACGCCAACUCUGCCGGGUCAAGCAAAGGAAAUAGUGGCUAGUAACGUAUAUAUGACUAGUAAGAGGUGAUUUAGAUUUACAUGUGUUAAUACCACAAGAAUUUGGCCACAUUUGCCCUCAAUCUCGAUGAUUUGCGUAAUUUUAAAAAUUAUAUUUUCAACGCUAACUUACAUCAAGACUCAUCUCAAACUCUGUAUUUUAGCAAAUAUAAAAUACCCACUUAACGUGCGUAAAUACUCAACAGAAAAUUUUAUGAAAUUUUUAACAUGAAAAAUACAACCAUACGUUUUUAUUAUGCUAGUUUAUUUUCACUCUGAAAGCAUUUCCGGUGCAAGUUAAAGAAUUUCUAAAUGGCAUUUCAAAAAGGAAAAGGCUAUCUCUCGUUAAACUUUAUCCGAAACCAUAAUGCUUAUUUGUCCCGGUAGUAUUAAGCUACAAUUUAAAUUUAUACAUACGUAAAUCAUGAUUUAUUAACGUGUAUAAAACGAAUUAUUUGCA